AUGAGCAGCGGAGGCAUCCAGCUCUCCCCCGCCGAAACGAACGGCACCGGAGCCCUGUUAUCCGCCGACAAGUCUUCCAAAAUCGAAAAAUGGCUCGAUGCCUUUCCCCCCUCCCCCUUGGACUUCGAAGAAGCAUACACCGAACGCGAAGCCACGCUCGCGCACUACCACGACUGGCACGACAUGCACCAGCACGACGCCCUGCACAUCCUACACAAACUCGACGCCUACGAGCGCAGAUACCGCGCCCUCGGCUUCACAUACCAUACCGUUCCGCACGCGCUGCGGCACUCACCCACGCUCCAGGGUUGUCGGGCAAUAGGACCAGGGGUCCUCCACCGCUUGGGCGGCGUCUUUGAACCGGCGACUCCGCAGUCGGAGCAGCCGUUCUUCCUCGCGUGGCGCACAUGCGCGUCACUCGCUGCUAAGGUUAUCGCUGAAGCUCGGGAGUUCCUUGACGCGGCUGAUAUUCCGGCUCUCGAGGCUGUGCAUAGGCGCUGCGGGUACCUUCUUCGCGUGGCUGAGAGGGAAUUGAAGGCUAUUAGAGGGGCGAUGCGCGCGGUUAGAGAUAUGGUGGAAGAAGUAGCCGGGAGGAUCGAUCCGGCUGCUCACCCUGCUGCGGACCUGAGUCAGGCGUUUGGAGUCGAGGGCGGGUUGUUUAGGCGGUGGAUUUGGACGUUUCCAGAGGUGCAGGGGAAGGCGCCAUUGGCUAGUAGAGUGGAAUUUGAGGCUAUUGCUCAGGAUAUGAUUACUAAGGGAGUGAUGGAGGGGAGGUGGUGGAGUGGGAAGUAUGGAACUUCUGGUGAGUAG